AUGCAGUCCGCCUGCCGCGUGCUCCUCGCGUCGGAGUCGGAGAGAGUCGCCUCCUUUUUAGAGGCGCAUCCGGAGGCGACGCCGCGCUCGCUUUCGGAAUUUUUGUGUCUACCGCAUCACUGCGCCGCGCUCUGGGGAGAAGACGAUCUGCCAGAGAAGCGGGAAACCCAAGCAGACCGGAACCUGCGGCUCGGCCGCGCGUUUCUCCAGUGGAACCGCGAACAGCCAGGAAUCAUCGAGACCGACUCUGGGCUCCAGUUCCGGAUUCUGAAGCCGAAUCGCGAUCACCGCGCGAGACACCCCAAAAGUGAACGCGAUUUGAUCCACAUGCACUACCUCGGGAAGCGCCUGAAUGGCGAGACGUUUCAAAACACUUUCCGUCGAGGUCAUGCCGCCGUGGUGGAACUCGGCAAGCUCGUCCCGGGAUGGCAGGAAGCUCUGAAAAUCCUCAAAACUGGCGAAGAAAUGCACGCCUACCUUCCGGCGGAGAUCGCCUUUGGCGAGCUCGGGUUAGAGGGAAAGAUCGGACCCAACGAGGUAUUGCUCCUGCACAUUCGCUUGGAGUACGUCGAAUUCCACGAACACAUCCCGCCCCACUACGGGUCUGUGGUGCCGUCGCCGCGGCCAGAGUUCAUUGAGAAAAAGAAACGGGAAGGCCGGGAAAAGUCCAACCAGAAACAAAAGGCGACGGGAGCGGCAGACGCGAACGGGACUGACGAGGAAAACGAAGGCGCCGCACGGGCUCCGGAGAGAAGACACACUGAGCUUUGA